UUCAGACUCUUGCAGCUCGGUCAUAAUAAUAAUCUGGAGAGACGAGAUGCUUCAUAGGUUAUUGCUUUCUGGGAUCCUUGGGAUAUCCAUGCCCUAAACCCUAACCUCAACUGUUACCUUAAUUUAACCGUGUUGAAUUUGAAUUGCAAUGUAGUGACGUCAGAGUGUGGACACCCGAAGGAUCCCACUUAGAUCCUUGCUUGAUAGUCAGUAAACGCCCGCGCUAUAAAACCAGUGUUUGAUAGAGUGCCAUUCAAAAGAACGCAGUUGUGAAUUCAUUAUAAUGUGCCUGUAUAAACUCGUAUACCUUACCUUAUUGAGACAAAACUGAGUUAAUUUUGUAUUACUAGAAUGGAUGUGGAAUGUUCAUGAAGAGCGCGCAAAGAAGUCGCUUUGAUUCAUUCAUCGGAUCUUGAAUAAAUCAAGCCUACAAUCCGGAUGUUUGAUGCUGGUUCUGGCAGACAAUAACUUUCCAUGGGUUUUACAGAGAGAGGACAGGAGACCCUCUCCGUCAGCAACACCAAGAUCACGACCAGGAGAAGAACACGUUCAGCUGAGACCUUCAGGGGAGCGUUAUCCGACAAGAACUCACACUCUCUCUGCUAUGAGCUGCCUGUGAGGUUGUCAUGAGUAAUUGGGCUGAAGUCACCCUUGCUAGUGGAGGAAGAAGAAUUCAUCUGAGAUGUCUCAUGUUCGAUCGCCCCUAACUGAACCCUCAUCCUGGAAUAAUACUUAGCACCUGGUCAGGAAACAGCUGUGAGCUGUCUAUAACACAGUCCAGGGCCCCUCAAAACACUACACUGUUGAAGGGGAAAAACGAAUCACAGAUUAAUUGAGAAUAGUCGUGUCCAAAAGUUUCCUCUGUUUUAAGCACCGUAUGUGGUGUACCUGGUGUGCCUACAGCAACAUUUGGAGCAGUCAUGAUGGAUGAACCCUCCACUGCUCCUCCACACACCUCCAUCCCAUUAUAGAUGUGCCUUGACGGCAGAUGUGCCUCGAAGUCCCUCCCCUCUGACAUCACCCAUCCCCCUCCACACAGCUCUGUUCCAUCAGGUCUACAGCAUGUCUCGUACAGACUACAAACAUGGUUCCAUUCCUCAAAUGGACUACACAUAUGGCCCACCCUGCCCUAUGUAAGUUGAGAACUACAGGAAGAGACGCACAAUGCCCUGUUUGGACGAUGGGGAUAACAGCCGCAGAGGCCUGCCCAGUGUCCUAGAGUUGAGGCGGGUUCCUCUAUGGUCAUUGGGGCCCCUGAGGAGUGUCAGAAAGGUCAAGGUUAUCAGCUUCCUGCUAGGAUUGACGUUGACCUUCCUCAUCAUGGCGUCUUACAUCUUAACCUGGGAUAAAAAGGGUCUGAUGCUGACCCUGUCACCGUUCCACCUCAGGACUAUAGUCAACCCAAGCAGCACCCUCCCCCAUAACCUGUCUUCUACCAAGGACUACGCCAACAUUAAGCUCCUGGUGAAGUGCAUUACAUCUAAGCUUGAGUUCAGCCCAAGGAAGCUGCCUCUUCUGAAGGACGUUGUCAAUACGGACUCUCAUUUGUUUUCCGUUAUUCCUCGUCAGUUCCUGCCCAAUAUCAAGAGUCCAUGCUGGUAUGAGGAGCUCUCUGGGAAAACCAAAGUGGAUCCUUACAGUAAAAACUUGUAUGCAGUUCGCUCUAAGAGUUUCCGGACUGUCUGUGACUACCUAAGGAAACAUUUCCAGGAACACUUGUACCACAGUGACGACAACAAGCAAUACCGCCUGCGCUGUCUGCCAUACUUCUACAUCAUUGGCCAGCCCAAAUGUGGCACAACGGACCUGUUUCACCGACUGCUGCUACACCCGGAGGUCAAGUUCACCACCAUGAAAGAGCCCCACUGGUGGACAAGGAAAAGGUUUGGUAUCAUCCAUCUUAAAGAUGGCCUCCUAGAACGCUUCCCUGUGGAGGAUUACCUGGACCUGUUUGAACUGGCUGCCUACCACAUCCAGGAGGGAAUACUGGGGAAUACCUCUGUAGACCACAGCCAGCAACACAUUAUUACAGGUGAAGCAAGCGCAUCCACAAUGUGGGACAACCAAGCCUGGAGCUAUCUCUAUAACUACCGGGCAGAUGGGGAGCCUCCUUUCCUGGCCCAGGACUUCAUCCACGCAGUUCAGCCCAACGCUAAAAUCAUUGUCAUGCUCAGAGACCCAGUAGAGAGGUUAUAUUCAGACUACCUGUACUUCAACAUGGCUAACAAGUCUGUGGAGGACUUUGACCUGAGGGUCUCAGAAUCCCUACAGCUGUUUGAGGCUUGUUUAGCAGAAAACUCUGUGCGUUCCUGUGUCUACAACACAAGCCUCUCCAAUGCCAUGACGGUCAGACUGAACCUAGGACUGUAUAGUGUCUUCCUGCUGGACUGGUUGACUGUCUUCCAUAGAGAUCAGAUCCUAGUUCUGCAGUUAGAAGAUUACGCUGCCAAUCUGAGACUCACCAUACGUAAAGUCUUUGACUUCCUAAAUGGCCUUUAUCUGAGCAGACGGAGGCAGCUCUCACCAAGAGGCCCAUGUCCAACACACGGAGAGCAGCAGACAGGAGCCUGGGCCCCAUGCUGCCCAGCACCAGGGACCUCCUCAGGGAGUUCCACCAGCCAUUCAACCACAAACUGGCCACAAUCCUGGACAACAAGGUCUUCCACUGGACAGAGACAUAAGGAAUGGCUCCACCUCAGAUGGAUACAGACCUGAGGAAUAAGUACUGUACUAAAUCCCCCAUGGUCAUUUGAGUCCUAUGAGAUGAAUUGUCAAGUGGGAUAAGCCAUGGGACAUGAAUUAAAUCACAAUGGGAGAACAUAUAGUCAGUAAAAUGUAUGAGGUGCUCCGAAGACCUGAGCAAUGCAUCUGUCUAGUGCUUGAAGUUUUUCUUUUGUUUGCCUUUCGUGAUGAUGCAGUGACGGCGGUGCCCUUAUACUGUAUAUUGUAGAAUCGUUUGCUUUUUGUAGGAAAGACUCUUGGGAAAUGACUGGGGUAGAGCCUGGUGGACUACUCCCUCUAGUGGGAAAGCUUUGACACGACAAAUAUUGAGAGUAAAAAGAGAGCCUUUACAUGCUAAUGAUCGAUAAUUUUAAAAUACUGUUUGCCACUGGGUAUUUUACUCUCAAUCAUUGUGAAACCAUUAUGUAAAAAACAAUUUGGGAGCAAACAGCACAAUGGAUUUUAUCAUGAUGUUGCCUACAAUUUUCUUUAAAAACAAACAUGAAACACCCCGUCUUCAACGCCAUACGCUGUUCUUUUUAACUACAUUCAAUUAAGUAAAGGGCAAAGAAGUGACCACGUGGUCGUAACCUGCUUUUUUAAUGUGAAAUAUGUUGAUGCCAUUCUACACAGGCCUAGACUCACAAUGGACACAUCCUCACACCAGAGGGCAACAGAACCACAGAGACACACUAUGGAAUCUCAUUUCCCGCCAAUGCAAGUCUAUCUUCUCACCAAAGACUGACAAAUUUGUUUCUAACUUAUAUUUUCCAGUAGUUUUCUUGUUUGUACACGCUCUGCACAUGGACACAUUUUACGUAAACUCAAGCAUCAAGCCUAACUUGCCUGAUGGGCCGCCCCGAGGUGAUGAGGGUAGGCGACAACACAUUCGCAACGCUGACCCUCAACAUGGGGGACCCUUAGAGGUGCAUGCUUAGUCCCCUCCUGUACUCCCUGUUCACCCACGACUGUGUGGCUGCACACGACUCCAACACCAUCGUUACGUUUGCCGAUGACACGACGGUGGUAGGCCUGAUCACUGACGAUGAUGAGACGGCCUAUAGGGAGGAGGUCAGAGACCUGGCAGUGUGGUGCCAGAACAAAACCUCUCAUCUUGGAGCACCAAGUCUGGGAGCUAAAGGCUCCUGAACAGCUUCUACCCCCAAGCCAUAAGGCUCCUGAACAGUUAGUCAAAUGGCUAGCAGGACUAUUUGCGUUGACCCCCUUUUUCUUGCACUGACUCUCUUGCACUGGCUCUAUGCACACUCACUGGACUCACACAUACUACACUGACACUCCAACACACACGCUCACACACACAAAACACAUGCAUGUUGAUGCCACACACACACACACACACACACACACACACACACACAAACUAACAUUCAUAGAAACACUUUCACACUCUUCACAUACGCUGCUGCUACUCUGUUUAUUAUCUAUCCUGAUUGCCGAGUCACUUUUACCCCAACCUACAUAUACGUAUUACCUCACCUCAAAUAUCUUGUACCCCUGCACAUUCGGUCCUGGUACUUGUAUAUAGCAUUGUUAUUGUGUUACUAUUUCCUUCUUAUUUUGCAAAUUGUUCUUACUUUUUAACUCUGUAUUGUUGGGAAAGGACUUGUAAGUAAACAUUUCACGGUGAAGUCUACACCUGUUGUAUUCGAGCGCAUGUGACAAAUAAAAUGUAUUUGAUUUGAUAACUUACCAGCCACCCACUUGAAUCUCUAGUCAAUUUUUGAUGUGUCUCAGCACAGGUUGACGUGUUUUUCAAGUGUUUUACUGUUAUAAUAGAGUCCUUGACUCAAAUCACACACUACACUGAGUAUACAAAACAUUAAGAACACCUGCUCUUUCUAUGACAUAAACUGACCAGGUGAAUCAAGGUCAAAGCUAUGAUCCCUUACUGAUGUCACCUGUUAAAUCCACUUCAAUCAAUGUAGAUGAAGGGGAGGAGACAAGUUAAAGAAGGAUUUUUAAACCUUGAGAUAAUUGAGACAUGUAUUGUGUAGGUGUGCAACUCAGAGAGUGAAUGGGCAAGACAAAAUGUUUAAGUGCCUUUGAAUGGUGUAUGGUAGUAGGUGCCAGGCGCACCGGUUUGAGUGUAUCAAAAACUGCAACGUUGCUGGGUUUUUCACGCUCAACAGUUUCACGUGUGUAUCAGGAAUUGUCCACCACCCAAAUGACAUCCUGCUAACUUGACACAACUGUGGAAAGCAUUGGAGUCAACAUGGGCCAGCUUACCUGUGGAAGGCUUUUGACACCUUGUGGAGUCCAUGCCCCGACGAAUUGAGCCUGCUCUGAUGGAAAAAGGGUUGCAGCUAAAUAUUAGGAAGGUGUUCCUAGUGUUUUGUACACUCAGUGUAUAUACUGUACCUUAUAGUGCACUACUGUUAGCUUGGUGACCACAAAUUGCACUAAAUUGGCUAUAUUGUAUUAUUUGAGACGAAUCCAGAGGAACUGUUCACAUGAGCAGUAUUAAAGUAUUAGAAAAGCAGCAAGCUUAUAUUUUCACAUGCAAAUUAGUUUUGUGGCAAACUGUUGUGGUGACUUGUGAACUUCUGGCAAACAAUUCUGGGAAACUUGUGGCGAACAUUCUACUGUUUGCUGCAAACUCAUUAUGCAUAUGUAAAUGAAAUUAUAUAUUUCGUUACUUUGUAUGUUAACCAAAAUAAAAUGCCUUAUCUACAUAAACCAAAUAAAAUAUAACUUUAAAUGAG